UUUUGCUUCUUCUUUCGUCGAUUUUUGAGCAACUAAUGCGCCCACUCCUCUGAUUUCUCCCCAGUAAAUGAGCAGCAGCAUACGGAUUACGGUCGGACUGUCAAGCGUGCUCGUCUUCUUCUUCUAGCUCAGAGCCAGCCAGAGGAGCCGCCCCCGCCCACAGCCAGCCUCCUUUCCUCGCCCGCACCUCCGUAGGAACAGAACAAUGGAGUGACGGAAGGAUACAUACAGGGCUGCCGUGCUCGCUUCUUGUGUUCCUCUCCCGUGUCCGAGCUGGGAUGAGGAUCCCGUCGAUUUCGAUCCCUUGAUGCACGCUGCAGCUCAGGUUGCCUACCAACUUUGCUUCCCUCUCUGGGAGUGAGGUCUCGGGAGGGGUUCCAUGGCGUCCGCCGCCGCCACCACCGUUCUCCUCCUCAACCUGCAGCUGCUGCUCCUCUUCUCUCUCUCCACUGCUCAGCCCGGUUUCAUCAGCCUGGAUUGCGGGGGAGCCGACGAUUACACGGAUGGAAUCGGGAUCCAGUGGACCUCCGAUGCCAAGCUGGUAUCCGGUGGCCAGACCGCAAACAUGCUGCUCCAGAACCAGCCCCAGAAGCACUACACAACUCUGAGGUAUUUUCCAGCAGACACCAGGAAGUACUGCUACACGAUGAAUGUGAGGACCAGGACGCGGUACCUCGUCAGAGCUAGCUUCCUCUACGGCAACUUCGACAACAGCAACGUCUACCCCAAGUUCGACCUCUCCCUCGGAGCAACCCCCUGGUCGACGGUCAUAAUCGAUGAUGCCGACACGCCGGUGGUAGAGGAGGCCAUUGUCUUGGCCGCUGCUCCGACGCUCAGUGUCUGCCUCUCCAAUGCCAGUACGGGGCAGCCGUUUAUUUCUACGCUCGAGCUUCGCCAGUUUAAUGGUUCACUCUACUAUACUGACUAUGAGGCACAGUUCUUCCUUGCACUGUCUGCAAGGAUCAAUUUUGGUGCUGUAGACAGUAAAUCAGUCAGGUACCCUGAUGAUCCAUUCGAUAGGAUAUGGGAAUCGGAUUCUGUGAAGAGAGCUAAUUAUCUGGUUGAUGUUGCUCCGGGGACUCAAAAAGUAUCAACCACAAACCCUGUUUUUGUCGGUACCGAAUUAGAACCACCUGAAAAGGUCAUGCAAACAGCAGUGGUUGGCCGAAAUGGAUCCUUGAACUACCGGCUUGAUUUGGAAGGGUUCCCAGGAAAUGCAUGGGGUGUCUCAUAUUUCGCAGAGAUUGAGGAUUUGGCCCCAAACGAAACUAGAAAGUUUAAGUUAGUGGUUCCUGGCAUGCCAGCAUUCAGUAAACCAACCGUUGACGUGGAGGAAAAUGCUCAGGGGAAGUAUCGUUUGUACCAACCAGGUUACGUUAACAUCUCACUUCCAUUUGUUUUCUCGUUCGAGUUCAGGAAGACAAAUGAUUCUUCGAAGGGUCCAAUCUUGAAUGCCAUGGAAAUUUACAAACAUGUCCAGAUUACUAUGGGAUCUCAAGAUGCAAACAUCAUGGCUAGCUUGGUCUCACGGUAUCCGCAAGCAGGUUGGGCACAAGAGGGUGGUGAUCCGUGCUUGCCAGCAUCAUGGACCUGGGUGCAAUGCAGUUCAGAAGCAGCACCUAGGGUUUUUUCGAUCACGUUGUCAGGGAAGAACAUUACAGGAAGUAUCCCUGAGGAACUGACAAAGUUAUCCGCACUGGUCGACUUAAAACUCGAUGGUAACUCAUUUUCUGGUGAGAUCCCUGAUUUCAGUGGAUGCAGAAAUCUGCAGUAUAUUCACCUUGAAAACAAUCAGUUAACUGGUGAAUUGCCAUCCUCAUUGGGGGAUCUUCCUAACCUCAAAGAGUUGUAUAUUCAGAACAAUAGGCUUUCCGGACAUAUUCCAAGGGCACUUUCCAAGAAGAGCAUUAUUUUCAACUGGUCAGGCAACAAUGGCCUUGGAAAGGGAGGUGAGAGUAUUAGCCGCAGCACCAUAGUGGAAAUCGUCUGUGCUGUGGUUGGGGCCAUCUUGUUACUUGCGAUUGCUAUUGGAUGUUGUUUGUGUACACGCAAAAGAAAGAAAAAACCAUCACAUGAAACUGUUGUUCUGGCAGCACCAGCAAAAAAGCUAGGAUCAUAUUUCAGUGAAGUAGCCACAGAAUCAGCGCACAGAUUUGCUUUGUCAGAAAUUGAAGACGCUACUGAUAAAUUUGAGAAGAGAAUCGGCUCUGGAGGAUUUGGCAUAGUAUACUAUGGGAAGCUGACAGAUGGGAGAGAGAUCGCAGUCAAGCUUCUCACAAACGACUCCUAUCAGGGCAUCCGAGAAUUCUUGAAUGAGGUAGCGUUGCUUUCCAGAAUACAUCAUAGGAACUUGGUGACCUUCUUUGGUUACAGUCAGCAAGAUGGGAAAAAUAUACUUGUGUAUGAGUUCAUGCACAAUGGGACACUAAAAGAGCACCUUCGUGGAGGACCUAAUGAUGUAAAAAUAACUAGCUGGGUCAAGCGUCUUGAGAUAGCUGAAGAUGCUGCAAAAGGUAUAGAGUAUCUCCAUACUGGAUGCUCUCCAACCAUCAUUCACAGAGACCUGAAGAGUAGCAACAUUUUACUUGACAAGAAUAAUAGGGCAAAAGUUGCAGACUUUGGCCUAUCAAAACCUGCCGUGGAUGGGUCUCAUGUAUCAAGUAUAGUGCGUGGAACGGUUGGGUAUCUGGAUCCAGAAUACUACAUCUCUCAGCAGCUAACCGAGAAGAGCGAUAUCUACAGUUUUGGUGUGAUUCUCCUUGAGCUAAUCUCUGGCCACGAGCCAAUCUCUAGUGACAACUUUGGGCUCAAUUGCCGUAACAUUGUGGCGUGGGCAAGGUCACACAUCGAGAGUGGGAACAUUGACGCCAUCAUUGAUGAAUCACUUGACCCCGGAUACGACGUGCAGUCAGUGUGGAAGAUCGCGGAGGCAGGCAUCAUGUGUGUGAAGCCAAAGGGUGCGCAGAGGCCAACCAUCUCAGAGGUGCUGAAAGAGAUCCAGGACGCCCUCGCCAUAGAGAUGCAGCGAGAGGCACCCCAGGCUCAGCAGCUCAUGUCCAAGAGAUCCAUGGGUUCUGGCUCCAUUAACACAGAUAACAGCGUGGACUUGGAGCAGAAUGCGUCGUUUGAUGAAAUGCUCAUGCGGCCAGGGCUCAGAUAGAAUCAGGAUUGCAAGAUGCCUUUUGUCGUUGUAGUCAGGUUUUCUGUUCCCUUGUAACGGUUUGAAAGCUGUGAAUGACAUUAGCUUUAGCUACGAAGCACAAAAUUUGAUGACUAAAGAAUAGCCGACCUGGAAGUAUUGUUCAAGUUGCUUUAGAGCUGUUAAGAUGGAACAUUUAAAUUGUUUUGCUA